AUGGACUUCAUCCAUGCUUUCAUAUUUGGCUUGGGAAACAGUACAAAUUUUUUGCAAGAUCCUCAUACCGCGCGAGAAUGGCUCGAUAUAUACGCAAGUCGACGACCAUUUCGAUUUUGGGACGGUGAACUGCCUGCAAUCAAAAACAUGUCAAAGAGAUUAGGCGUUCCCAUUGUUCCUGCUUGGGUAGCGAAAGCCACAUCGUAUAUCGAGGAUUGGACCUUUCAAAGCUGCCAAAAAGCCAAGUCAUGGACGAAGUCAAUUUCCACGGACGAGGAACACGAACGAAAGACUGCAGCUGUUGUGAUCGAUCAGCUCGAAAUGGCCGUUGGUAGUAAAAUUGCUCAAGAUCCCUCGCUCGGUCCACAUCAUCUGCAAGUGGCUUCUGAGGUACUUGAUCACCUUGCGGCAGGGCAUGAGACUAGCGGGAUUACCUUGACAUAUCUCUACUGGGAGCUGUCUCGAAACGCUGCUCUGCAGGAUUCGUUGCGAAAUGAGUUGUUGACACUGAAUCCGCAAAUUGAGCGUGUUUCAAGCAGUCCUUCAAGAGAGCUUCCUGAUUCGCGAAUCAUCGAUGGGCUUCCACUUCUGCAUGCUCUGCUCAUGGAAACUCUUCGAAUUCAUUCAGCUAUACCAGGGCCUCAACCACGAAAGACUCCCUCUCCUCCAAUAUCUGUAGCAGGAAGCCCGCCGUUGACUCCUGGGACCAGAAUCAGCGCUCAUGCAUACAGCUUACACCGCAACCCACGGGUCUUUCCAAAUCCUGAGGUUUGGAACCCUUCACGUUGGCUUGAUUGUAGCGAGAAGGAGAAAGCAGAAAUGUCGCGGUGGUUUUGGGCUUUUGGUAGUGGAGGACGGAUGUGCAUCGGAAGCAACAUUGCAAUGCAAGGUUUGUGGACCACCCUAAUAGCCAAAAAUCACUAA